GGCCAGCUUGGGUUCUCCGGUCACAGCAGCUCAGUCCUUCAAAGCUGCUGGACCCCCAGGAGAGCUGACCACCACUUCUGCAGCCGGCUGAAUCUGCCUCCACAAUGCCACUCUCAGGAACUCCAGCCCCCAACAAGAAAAGGAAAUCCAGCAAGCUGAUCAUGGAACUCACUGGAGGUCGGCAGGAGAGCUCAGGCCUGAACCUGGGCAAGAAAAUCAGUGUCCCGAGGGAUGUGAUGUUGGAAGAGCUGUCGCUGCUCACUAACAAGGGCUCCAAGAUGUUCAAACUGAGGCAGAUGCGGGUAGAGAAGUUUAUUUAUGAGAACCACCCUGAUGUCUUCUCUGACAGCUCAAUGGAUCACUUCCAGAAGUUCCUUCCCACAGUUGGGGGACAGCUGGGCACAGCUGGUCAGGGAUUCUCCUACAGCAAAGGCAGCAGUGGAGGCCAGGCAGGGGGAAGUGGCUCUGCCGGACAUUAUGGCUCUGACCAGCACCACCAUCAGGGCUCUGGGUCUGGAUCUGGGGGUGCUAGUGGUCCUGGGGGCCACAGUGGCAAAGGAGGAACUUCUGGAACAGCAGGGGUUGGUGAGACAGGAACAGGAGACCAGACAGGUGGAGAAGGAAAACAUAUCACUGUGUUCAAGACCUAUAUUUCCCCAUGGGAGCGAGCCAUGGGGGUUGACCCUCAGCAAAAAGUGGAACUUGGCAUCGACCUGCUGGCCUAUGGGGCCAAAGCUGAGCUUCCCAAAUAUAAGUCCUUCAACAGGACGGCAAUGCCUUAUGGUGGAUAUGAGAAGGCCUCCAAACGCAUGACCUUCCAGAUGCCCAAGUUUGACCUGGGGCCCCUACUGAGUGAACCCCUGGUCCUCUACAACCAGAAUCUGUCCAACAGACCUUCUUUCAAUCGAACCCCUAUCCCCUGGCUGAGCUCUGGGGAGCCAGUAGACUACAAUGUGGAUAUCAGCAUCCCCUUGGAUGGAGAAACAGAGGAGCUGUGAGGUGUUUCCUCCUCUACUUUGCAUUAAAUUUCUCUUCUCAGGUUCCAUUUUGAAGAGGGAAUGCUAAGCAGGAUGCCCCACUGUAAAUCCAGUAUCCUUGUGGGAAUGGAGGGGGAAAAAGAGGGAGAGAUCUGUCUUUCCAGUCUUCACCCCAAGUCCCCACUCCAAGCAUCCUUCCUCACCAACUUGCUCUGUAUGGAACCUGCUCUUUUAUGAAAUUCACUCUGCCACUAGUAA